AUGGACUUUAUAAUUGGAAAUUAAAUAAUAAUACUAAUAAAUGGAAGCACAAUUACGACCAGUUCGAAUGUUGGUCUUUGUGUUCUGUGAAGAAGCAGUCUGCUUCCGUCUCUCAUAUCCACUUUCCGGCGAUACAUUUCCGGCGAUAUAAAUAAUUACUCCACGAUCAAAUUUCCGCCGUUGUGAGUUCCGACGAAGCUUCGGAAAUGUCUCAGAAGCGGCAGCAACAAGACGACGGUACUUCAUUAGACGACAAGCGUUUGAGGAAAUCCCAUUCUUUUAGAAGUGUAGUGCUGGAUGUGAUGAAUCUGCUGAGAAUGCAAAAUCUCAUGAACCCGCUUCUGGAGCCUUUGCUUCGCCGAGUUGUCAGAGAAGAAGUGGACUCAGCAUUAAGAAAAUAUAUAAUCAGUAUGAAACGGAAUUGUGCAAAGGAUGUACAGACAUCCGAGUCGAGAAGUUUGCUAUUACGGUUUUCAAGUGCUAUAUCUCUACCAGUGUUUACUGGAACUCGUAUCGAAGGAGAAGGUUGCACAAAUAUGGAAAUAGCAUUAGUCGAUGCGCUGACUGGGCAUGUUGUUUCCGAUGGUAUUGGAUCCUCUGCAAAGGUGGAGAUUUUAGUUCUGGAAGGAGAUUUUGAUGGUGACGAGGGAGAAAAUUGGACAGUUGAAGAGUUCUCAAAUAAUAUAGUGAAAGAGAGAGAAGGCAAGAAACCUCUUUUGACUGGGGAUUUGACGUUGACUCUUAAAGAAGGGAAGGGAUUGAUCGGUGAUCUCUCGUUUACAGACAAUUCCAGCUGGACAAGAAGUCGUAAGUUCAGGCUCGGGGCUAGAUUGAUCGAUGAUAUUGGUGGUGGCAGAGUAAGAGAGGCAAGAUCAGAACCCUUUAUUGUUAGGGAUCAUCGUGGAGAAUCAUACAAGAAGCAUCAUCCCCCAUCUCUUACCGAUGAAGUUUGGCGGCUAGAGAAAAUCGGCAAAGACGGAGCUUUUCAUAAACGUUUGAGCAAGGAAAGAAUCAAGACGGUCCAAGACUUUCUGAUUUCACUCUCCUUAAACCCCACAAGACUUCGAAAUAUUCUUGGAACUGGUAUGUCUGCUAAAAAGUGGGAAGUCACGUUGGAACACGCUCGCACGUGUGUUCUAGACAAAACAUUAUACUUAUACAACGCUUCGAUUUCUCCAGAAAACAAUGGGGUUGUUUUUAAUGUUGUGGGACAAAUAAUGGGGCUGGUGUCAAAUGGCCAGUAUAUCACCACCGAUAAGCUCUCCGAAGCAGAAAAGGCGGAAUCUCAUGAGUUAGUUAUCUCCGCAUUUGCAGACCGUGAAAAAAUCGUCACUUUAGACGAGUCUUUUCUAAGCAUACCUUCUACCUCGUCUUGCUUAUCCGAAAUUCCAAAUUUACCCUCGGAGAGUAGUGACCAUCAACAUUUGUCUUCCUCUCCCGAUUUUAUUCAGUCAUUAUACCCCAUAGAAGGUUCUAGCAGCUUCGAUUACUACUUGCAUGGAGUCGAUCCAAUGGAUAUAAGGUACGACCAAUCAUUGAGUUUCCCUACUCAGUUAUCAGAGAGCUUAAUCUGCGAUACUGACUCAAUGGCUCGAGCUUUCUGUGCAAAUGAGGACUUCUUCGAGAAUGAUUGUUCGUUACAAAGUUCCAAUUUUGAACUACAUAGUGCAGAUGCAGAGCCUUUUGUCCCUCGUUCGAUUCCUACUGAUAGAGCUAAAAAAGGGUGGAAUAUUUUAGCGUGUGUGUUAAGAUGGAGAUUCUGCAUAAAGAGAAUUGUGGCGAAAAAAACCCGUGUUGGACCGUUACCGUUACAAGUACGGUGAUGUUUGUUGGUCGUGAAUACGUGUCUUAAAAAAUGUUUGAUUUUUAGGGAUUGUUUAUAUCGCUAUCCUAGGUAAUGUUUUUGGUUUGCCUGAAUGUAUUUUUUGUUGCUGGCUUUGUUCUGCCCGACUCGAUUUCGUGUGCAGUUUUUUCGUGUAAGAGUUUUGGCUACAAUUGUCCUCCAUUUCUAUGUGAGGAUUACUUGUGUGAAUUUAAUUUUAUUUUUUUUGUGGAUAAAACAACUAAAAGAACCUUUUGCCAUAUUU